UUUACACAUAAACACCGUCGGAUAUCGCCUUCGCAUUUCAUAAAGUUUAAUAAUUUUAAUUUAAAAAUCAUACCAUUGUAGAAUAUUCUCUAAAUGAGAGACAAUAAUAGUAAAUUGAGUCAUCAUGUUUGAGGUAUCAACUUUCAACUGAAGGAUCAUGAAUAAUAAUGAUCGGAAGGAACAAACGAGUGACCCAUCAGCUCCUCUCGAAACACCGAAAACUAACAAUAUAAAACCGUCAAAGGAGACUGAAAAUGGCACAGAGAACCAACGCGACAAAGGCAUUACUGGAGAAGUGCCGCUUAAAGCAGGGACGUCAAAUACGAACACGCUUGAAAACACAAGCACUGUACAUACAAAGGCCAUAUUUGUUCAUGAAGAUGUCGCCCCAGAUGCAAUGGCUAUGCAUUCGUUGUCUUCGAAAGGUGUACUAAAACCAAAAGAACCAAUAAGAGUUGGAUUUUACGAUAUUGAAAGAACGAUUGGCAAGGGAAAUUUUGCAGUGGUGAAACUAGCAAGGCAUCGAAUAACUAAAAACGAGCUGCGUCAACUUUACUCGACCCGAGGUUCACAAAAAUACAUUUCAAAGAUCCGUUAGCAUUGGCCUUAUAAAUGAAGUUCUUCCGAAAUGAAAUAAUGUGCGCAGAUGAUCUUAUGGAAACGGGUAGCGAGCCGUCACUAGAAUCAUAAAUCUCUUGUACGAAAGGCGAAAAGAUGAUGAUUUGGGUAACCCACAAGAUGAAAUGAGUUUUUAUUUAAAUUGUCAAGUCCUAGAACUAAAGCGAAAACUGUUUAUUCAAGACUUUCGAAAAAAUACUGUCAUGUAGUUUCUACCUUGGUGCCUGC